UAUGUUUCAUCAUACUAUUUCUUUUGCGUGUUCAGUGGAAGGAUAGCGUGUUUGAGGAUUUUUCGCCCCGGUUAAAGUGACUAAAGAUUAGAAUUAUUACGAUUUUUAAACUAUGGAGGAGUAUGCAAGAGAACCGUGUCCAUGGCGAAUAGUAGACGACUGUGGAGGUGCUUUCACAAUGGGGGUUAUAGGAGGAGCGAUUUUUCAAAGUAUCAAAGGCUUUCGCAAUGCGCCCAGCGGAUGGAGGCAUCGUUUCACAGGCAGUGUUGUAGCCAUCAGACAACGGGCACCCAUCAUUGCUGGAAGUUUUGCAGUAUGGGGUGGAAUGUUUUCCACAAUUGAUUGCACCUUAGUCCAUUUUAGAGGAGGAAAAGAAGAUCCUUAUAAUUCAAUUAUCAGCGGAGCAGCCACCGGUGGGAUUUUAGCUGCGAGAAAUGGCCUUCCGGCAAUGGUAGGCAGUGCAAUCAUUGGCGGAGUGCUGUUAGCUCUGAUUGAGGGUAUAGGAAUUUGUUUCACACGUCUCAAUGCAGAACAGUUCAAACCGCCUACACUGGAAGAUUCACAACUUGGCGCAUCACAACAAGGCUAUCCGUCAUAAUGUUGAUCUAAAUUAUUUAGUUUUAUUUGAAAUUAGAAUGGAAAUGCUCAAAUAAUGACAUCUCUUUGUUGGAGCGUACUUGAGCAUCUUCUUUUUGCCAAUGUUAAAUUUACACGCAGUACGAAGAUCCUAGACUUACAAAGUUGAAUAUUUUGUUUUUGUUACCUGUGUUCCUUCCUCAGACUCUGAUUAGAAUGCCGCACGUUAUGCUAGUUAAGAACACAUCCUGUAAAUACUUACAAAAUACAAGUUACAAAAAUGACAUUGCACA